AUGAUAAAUGCAAAUGUUUUUGAUACCCGAUUUAUACGUUUAUGGUGGAUUGCUCAAAUAAAAACUAGAGAAAAUUCCAAUAUUUUUGUCUCCAAAUUCCAAAAAAAGUUUGUCACGGAAGAAGAAUUGGACAAAGUCAAGGUUUACGAUGUUUUCCUUAGUUUCUCUCAAAAAGGCGAUGAUUUCGUUCUUAGAACCUUACUGCUCGAACUUAAAUCAAGACCCAAUCCUUACAGAGUUUGCGUGCACUUUAGAGACUGGAUACCUGGAGUACUUAUAACCGAGCAAGUCAUAACUUCUGUAAGAGAUUCCCGAAGAAAUUUCGUGAUUGUUUCGAAAAAUUUCUUGGACAGCUGCUCGACGAAAAUGGAAUUCCGAACCGCUUACACGCAGGACCUCACCGAAGGAAGAACCAGGGUGGUUGACAAGCAAAAUGUUAAAUGUGAUGGUACCAAUAUACAGAUUAUUCAUGCCGAUAAUAUUUGCACAUUUCCUUGGGUUAUAAUAUUAGUAUUAGUAUUUUUUUUGUUUAUAAUAUCCUCUUUCUUGGCAAGUUACUACAAAUGGAAAACGUACAUCAAAAUGUGGCUGUAUUACAAAGGAUGGUUGUUAUGGUUUGUCACGGAAGAAGAAUUGGACAAAGACAAGGUUUAUGAUGUUUUCCUUAGCUUCUCCCAAAAAGACGAUGAUUUCGUUCUUAGAACCUUACUGCCCGAACUUGAAUCAGGACCCAAUCCUUACAAAGUUUGCGUGCACUACAGAGACUGGAUACCUGGAGUACUUAUAACCGAGCAAGUCAUCACUUCGGUAAGAGAUUCACGAAGAACUCUCGUGAUAGUUUCGAAAAAUUUCUUGGAGAGCUGCUGGACGAAAAUGGAAUUCCGAACCGCUUACACACAGGCGCUGACCGAAGGAAGAACCAGAGUCAUAGUUCUUGUGUAUGGGGAAGUGGACAUGACGCAGAUUGAUGGAGAUUUAAGCGUGUAUAUGAAAAUGACUACGUACAUUAACUGGGAAGAUCCUUGGUUCUGGAAGAAGAUGUUGUACGCGUUGCCACAUAAAAAUAGAAAUAAUCAAAUUAGAACCACCACUGUAUAAAUUUAAUUUGUUUUUUCGCUUAUUAUAAUAAUUUUUAAUUAAAAUGUA